UAUUAAUUUGUUUUAAGUAUGAUAAAAAAAAAUAUUCAUAAAUAUAGAUUUUGUCAACAUAAGCUGUCUGCAAAAUGAGCAAACUGAAACGGUCACGGGCAAUAUUGGUUUCCUAGCAACAGGCAAAACCCUACACACAAGCCGACGCACAUCGACAGGUCCUGAAGCAGCGACACAGCCCCAGACUACCACCCCCAAGUUUGACUGUUGUCAAAGCCAUUGAGUGUCAACAUGUCUGCAGAAUGUCCAACGUUGCUGCCAAACAGCCAGAAGUCAGAAGAUGUUCAGCUGUUACAGAACAAGAACCUCUCUAUUGAGGCUCAACGUAUUUUAAGCAUACUUAAAAACUGCAUCAGUAAAAUUGAGACUGCAGCAGUUUUGCCCGCUCUCCUCCAGCUUAACAGUGUGUCUGGUAUUGGUGACACAGACUUGAGGAAGAUACUUCAAGAGCAUCAGCUGUUAGUGGAAAGACUGGAGAAACUAGAAGAUCUAAAGCAGGAGUCAGAUGGAGAACAAGAGAGAGAUGCUGAGGAAGCAGGAGAAGAGGCGAGAGCUCAGCUUGAAAAUGACCUCAAGAACUCUGUCAGGGAUUUGCUCCGGUAUUUCCGAGCCCAUCCAGAUGGCAUUAUUGGCUUGAGGGCAGAGCUAGAUAUGAAAGUAGAGGAAAAUGAGUACAAAUUAAUUAAAGGACUAAAAAUGCUUCAUAACCACAUGGUAGAAAAGUUACUGGUAAGCCCGGAUGAGGAGGUACAGCAGAUCCUGAACCAGGAGUCUUUACCCUCUGCACAAAAGCUGGAGGGAAAGAUUUCAUGGGAGGAAGAAGAAGUAGCUAGAGCUUUGAAGCAAGUAGAUGCAGAGAUGUCUCAGAAAGAAGACAAAAUCAAACACUUGGAGAGUUUGCUGCAGGCGUGCAGCACACAAGAAGGUAAUAUGUCAGAAGAUAACAUGUCACCUUUUGAAGACCAACAGAUCCAGGCACACAUUAAGAAAUCAAAGCGUGACCAGGAUUAUUUACAGCAGGAAAUCAAUAAACAGAAAACUCAGCUCAGAAAUGUGAUGCUUGAAAACAGAAAGGCUGAGAGGUUACUCCAAGAGAAGAAUGAAAAGGUGCAGGCGGAAGUUGACUUGUUAAUCCAAAAGUUUGAUGAUGAAAUGGAAAGAAUCCAGGCCAACCUGGAGGUGGAUGAAAGUGCUUUUGAAAUGGAGGAAAGGGAGUGGAAGAUGCUGGAGAAACCCUUUGCUGAUCUGGAGAUGGAGUGCAGUCAGAUCCAGGAGAGGCGGCGGCUAGCUGAAGAGAAGAGAAAAGAGGAGAUCAGAGAGCUGCAGUUGAAGACCAAAGCUGCCAUUGUGGUCCAGGCCUUGUGGAGAGGCUACAGUGUUCGCAAGGCCUUAAAGAAUAAGGGCAAAAAGAAGAAGGCCAAAAAGGGCAAAGGCAAAAAGACCAAAUAAACCAUGUCUGGUUUCAUCAUUGUUUCUACACCAGCACACAUUCCUCAUGAAGAGCAUGAAUGUUUUUGGAUGUUUUAUGUUUUUAAAUAAAGUCUUUAUGUGUCAAA